AUGUUAUGCAUUUUAUUAUAUCUUCUCUGGACUGGGGCAGUAGCUCAAAUAAGUCCUUUGCCUGCCGAUAUCCCGAUCUUGUAUUUCCGAUACCCUGAAACAUCGUGGAUAUAUCCUGGGGAUGUUGUAUUGAAAUCUAUCGCAUUACACUGGUAUCAGCCCGACAUGCUCUGCAUUAUGCAAGACACAGGUCUAUUGGAUAUGUCUAAUAAUAAGCGGAUCUCGGACGAGAUAAACGGAUAUUCAAAUGGCGGCAUCCUCGUGAAUAAGAGCUUGGGCGCUGAAUACAUUGCUCCAAGACCACCGCCCUUCUCACACCAUCGAUACGUCUACCUCCUCUUCACCCAAAAGGGGGACUACCAAUUCCCGCAGUGCUAUUCCCAUAUCUUCCCGCAGACGGCAACGGCGAGAGCUGGCUUCGAUAUCCAGCAGUUCGUAGAUGUUGCUAGGCUUGGUGCACCAGUAGCCGGGAACUAUCUUAUUGUGGAGUAUGACGGGCCCGAGAUAGAGCCGACAGCGACGGCUGGUCCGACGACGACGUGGCUAAGGUCUAUUCUGUGCGAGGGUUCAGAUCCCACAGGUUCGGCGGCGGCGAAGGCAUGUGAGAUGGAAGGGAGCCUGCAGAUUGUCAUGUAA